ACAUUAAUCACUUUACUAACAACUUCCUCACUAAACUAAUCUUCGCCCAGAUUAAAAAAACAGCUUCAAAAUGUACAAGUUAGCCAUCGCUUUGUCCGUCGCACUUUUGGUUCUCGUUGCUGGAGCGUCCGCUGGAAAGCUGGAAGGAAAGAAGAUGAAGGACGGUCACCACAAGCACCACAACUUGACCUGCAAGGGGGAGGCAAUCAAGAUGAAGGGCAUGUUUGAAGGAAAGAAGGAAUGUCACGACGAGAUUUUUGGAACCUCUGCGACCACCGUCAGCCCAAAAACGAUGACGGAGGAGGCUAAAAAAGAGAUGAUUCAGAAAUGGAAGGACAAUGCAUUGUGCAUGGAUGUGUGCUCAAUGAAGAAGCAGAAAACGCUCAACGCUGACGGAACUUACAAUGCAGUUGAGGCUGAAAAAUGGGUGAAAGAAAUUUUCCCCAGUGCAGUUCAAUCCGCAUUGAAGAAGGCCUUUGAUGAUUGUGCAUCUACUAAUGGUAAAUCGUUCAGUUUGGACAACAAAUGUGCUGGAUACAAGGCGUUCAAAGAAUGCACAAUGAAAUCUGUUAUGGAGAUUUGCGAACUCAAAAAGGGAGAUGUUCCGGAGGACGAUUAAAUCUAUAUCUGAUACAAUAUAGAUACAUAAAUAUAUAUAAUCGGUCCUGAAAUUAUUAAAACAUGCUAAUAUUUAAAUACGUUCUCCUUCACUAAUAAAUGAGGUUAAAUUAUAUGGAGCUAAAAAAUAAAAUCUCUACUGUACAUACCUAAA